AGGUAGUCUCCCUCCUGAACAGUGACACGUGUAAUGCAAUGUAAUGCAGCAUGUGUGAACUUGUUGUGCGAGCGAAAACACGUUGUCAUGACAUGUCAGACAUUACUCCCGUUUGCUGCAUUGAUUAGAAAUUUGUGAACCCUCCACAUUGGAGUCUGAAUUCUCACUGCUGUGGCUCAGCUUUUCGUAGUCCGCUCAAUAUGUUGUCCACCCGUCGGCUCAUGUGGGCUUUGUAUUUAGUCAUCUCUGUAGCAGCGGUUCGGCUGGACACCGGCAAACAAGUGGAUGUCAACGGCGACAGCCUACUCAUAAAGGCAGUGCAUGAAAGCGAGAGGAAGCUGCCAUCCCUGCCAGCAGAGUGGAGAGAUCGCUUCGAGAUUGAGAAGGAACUGGCUGAAGGUGGAGAUGGAGUUGUCUACAAGUUGCACGUCCUUUGUGGCAGUGGCGAUUCAUUUGUUUCAGCAAAGCUUGUAACAGCAAAGAAAGGAGUUGCAAAAGCAGCUGAGAGGAUGCGGCUGAUGAAAGACGAGGAAUACGUGAUUUCCAGCAUCGGGGUGCCUGACUCUGUGGACACAACAGAUGGCCGCUGGAUCAUGAUGCCUUUCAUGAACAGUGGCAGUUUUUCGGCCCUUUUCAGGGCAUGUAGAGACAGCGAUGCAUGUAUGUGCCAGACCAAGGAGCACCCAUCGCCGUGCUGGGAGACUAUCAGGGAACACGAUCUUCUAUGGGUGCUGGCUCUCUUUUACCAAGCGGUUGAAGGCGUGAGUGCGAUCCAUGCCAAAGGAUAUGCUGCUUGGAUCUUGUUGGACAAUAUCAUGCUGCAGUGCAAGGGCACAUCUUGCUUUGCGAGCAUCAUCGAUCUGGAUCAAAUGUGCGGACCAGGCGAAGGUGAUUGUGAAGGAGGAACAGUAGGGUUUGCUGCACCAGAAGUUCAUGAAGGACAUCAGGGACUCCCAGCCAAUGAUGUUUGGUCUAUGGGGACAGUACUUUAUAUUUUACUUUAUGGCGAGUGGCCGCCCUACAUGGAGUUCUUUUGGAAUCCCGACUCAGCAAGGAAGCAAGCUGCAUACAAGCCAGAGGAGGAUGCCACAAUCCCAAAGAAACGCAGAAGUAUCGAUAAUUUGGUGGUUGAGAUGCUGAACACGAACUACGAAACACGCAUCAGCCUUGAGGAGGUGAAGAAGGGUGUAAAGGAUUUCAUCACAGCCGAGCAGCCAGAUCAGGAGGUGCUGGACAUGCUCUACAAAACUCCGACCGCUCGUGGCCUCACAGAUGACCUCCCUACCUGCAUCUCUGACUAUACGCCGUCUUCCUUCGACCCCAAGCACUGCCGCAAUACGCCCACCAGGGCAGAAGGAUGGUUUACUUGUGGCAUUUGUGUUUUGUGUGAUCCGUGUUGCGAAUGCUGGACUCUCUACAAUGGACGAAUAAAAACGGAGUACUUCUUUGCGAAGAGUUGUGAGUAGAAAAGCAUGCAACCCAAGCAUGGCGGCG